AUGUGCGGCAUUACGGCAAGUAUUGCCCUGCCUCUAGGCCGUGGGUCAGGAGAUGCUAGUGGUAGCACCCACCCCACUGUUGAGUCUCUGACUUGCAAACUUCAAGCAUCGCUUGAGAAAAUAAAACACCGUGGACCGGAUGGCUCUGGCGUUUGGGUCAACGUGGAUGGCAGUGUUGGACUUGGUCAUUGCCGACUUUCCAUCAACGAUCUGACCCCCAGCGGCGCGCAACCGCUCUCCAGCGAUGACGGGCAAAUCCACGCCAUUGUCAACGGCGAGAUCUACGACUUUGACCGUCUACGGGACAUAUGUGCCACAACUCACGGCUAUAAAUUCCAUGGUCAAAGCGACAGCGAACUCGUCCUAGCUCUCUACAAAAUCUACGGCUGUCCGGAGUUUUUCAAACACCUACGGGGUGAAUUUGCAUUUGUGCUCUACGACAGCCGCGAGGGAUGCGAAAAGGUGAUUGCUGGGAGAGAUAGGUUUGGAAUUAAACCACUGUAUUGGACGACUGUUGGUGAUAGAAUACUGCUGGCAGCGGAGUCAAAAGCGUUCUUGCCGUUAGGCUGGAAGCCCGAAUGGGAUGUUGCGUCUAUUGUCGAGAGCGGUUGGAGUGUUGACGACAGAACAUAUUUCAAAGGUGUCAAAAAGGUGCCACCGGGACAUUGGCUUGAAAUAUCCAAAACGGGGGUUGAAAUACAUCAAUACUGGGAUUCAGCCUAUGUAGACAAGACCAAACCUGACGCGCGGAGCAUUGAUGAAAUGGUAAUUCAAGUCCGCGAGCGGCUGGUUGAGGCGGUCCGGCUGCGACUUCGCGCGGACGUUCCUGUUGGCGUAUAUCUAUCAGGCGGUAUCGACUCUUCUUCUAUUGCAGGAAUCGCAACGCAUCUUGCGAAACAAGACCAUGUCAAAAUCGGCAGCCAAGCAGCAACGAGAGUGGCGUGCUUUAGCGUGGAGUUUCCAAAGAAGUCGGGCUAUGAUGAGUCGGAUGUCGCUGAUCGGACAGCCAAAUGGUUGGGGGUUGAAUCUAUUAAGAAGGUCGUUGACGAAGCCACCCUAGCGGAAAACUUUACUGACGCGGCAUACCAUUGUGAACACCACAAUAGCGAUCUCAACUUUGUCGCGAAGUUUGCAUUAUCGACGCUUCCACAAGAGAAUGGGGUCAAAGUUGUCCUCACAGGUGAGGGAGCUGACGAACUCUUCGCGGGAUACGCCUACUUUCCGCAGGACCUCCUGCUGGAACCGGACCAAACUCAACCGGACUCACUACUCUCAUCGGGUGAGUUCCACCAGCAGCUGCGAAAGAAAGUCUUUGACGAGACAAACGCUAUUUUCCGCAUGUUCGGAGUCCCCAUUCACGGUGGAAACGGAGAUGAUGAAUUUCUUUCUGACGCCAACGGCUGCACAAUGCCUAGGGUAAUAUCGAUGAUGGCACAACCAUCUGCAGAGAUUUACUCAUCAUGGACACGCGACGGUAACCAUGCGUACGAUAUCAGGAAGACGGUAAUGGCAUCGCAUUCACGUGAAGUCCGGGCCAAGAUGCGCUCAACAUGGCAUCCGCUGCACACAUCCCUCUACAUGUGGAAUAAAAGCGGCCUGCCCAACAUUAUCAUCCCAGGUUUGGGAGACCGCGUCGAAAUGGCCCACAGUGUUGAGGGACGCACACCAUUCCUGGAUCAUAUCCUCACUGAGUACGCGGACGGUCUUCCCCCAAGUGUCAAAAUCGCCUAUACCCCCAAACAAGCGACGGCGGCUCUCCAGAACGGCGAACUUUGGGACCAUGCCGGUUCGGUCCUGCAGUCGAUGACAGAGAAAUGGAUCCUGCGUGAGGCGGUUCGGCCGUACAUUACGGACGAGGUAUACCGAAUGAAGAAACGACCGUUUAUGGCGCCUGUAACCUGGCCCAAAAAGGGGCCCCUGCACUGCUUGUUUGAAAAGCUAUUGACUCGUGAUGCUGUUGAAAACCUGGGCUUUGUCGAUUACAGUGUAGUCGAACGGGCCCUAGGUCGAGCAUUCGGUGAUAACGCAGAUAGAACGGCGUUCCGUACAUUAAUAUGUGCUGGUUCGUGGGUUGCUCUUUCACAACGGCUGGGUGUCAAAAGGGCAGAGGAGGCGGACAAUAUUCGUUGA